AUGGGUUUCCAUCUCGCCAUCUCCUCCCCUGAAUCCUGCGUGCCGCCAAGACUAUCCUCCAUCAACUCCACAUUCCGCGCAAAAAAACAACUUUCCAUUCCGCAAAUGGCGGCCAACAAAGAGAAUGCUGGCGACGCGACGGAUCCAGAGCCAAUGACAGGAGAGGUGCUAUUCUGCGGCUCAACGGAUUGGCAGACGAUCGGUCGAUCAGAGAACAAGACCAAGAACAAGGGCAAAGCCGCUGAGGACAUCCGAUUCCCGCUCCUCACCGAGCCGCACCGACUCGCACCGCUGAAAGACGUUCGGAUCGUUUCCGUCGCUACUGGCUGCGCGGCGGCGCACUGCCUGGCGGUGGACGCGGACGGGCGCUGCUACUCCUGGGGGCGAAACGAGUGCGGGCAGCUAGGGCAUGGGCAUCAAACGGAUCUCAAUCAGCCCACCAUCAUCGAAGCCCUCGCAGGGCACUUUCUUGAAAUCCCUCGCCUCCCUGCCUCCUUGCUUCCCUGCCUCUCUGGCUCCCUGCCUCUCUGCCCCCUCUCCUCCGCUCCUUACCCCGUUCCUGCCAGCAGCAAGAGAAUAGUGGCCGUGGCAUCGGGGCGCAACCAUUCCCUUGCUGUGGCAGAUGACGGCAGUGCCUGGGCGUGGGGCUCUAACAAGCACGGCCAGCUCGGCACAGGCUCUCUCAAAACAGGUCUCCCUGCCUUCCUCUCCUUCCUCUCCUCCCUCUCCUCGCUCUCCUUUCUCUCUACCCCUGCUUCUCCUUCUGCUCCCACUCCUCAUCUCUUCAUUUCCCCCACCUCCUUCACCUGCAGCUGUGCGUUGUUUCUCUCCUCAUUACUUAAAUCCCUACCCCCGCUCCUCCUCCCUCCCUCCCUUCCCCCCUCCCUCUAUUUUCCCCUCCUCCCUCCCUUCUGCCGCUCCUCCCUCUUCCUCCUCAACCCUCUCCCCAAUCCUGUCCGCACAGAGCACGAGAAAAAACCAGUGCUGAGUGCAGUGAAGCGAGUGCGGGCGGUGGCAUGCGGGGGCGAGUUCUCCUGCUGGAUCACGCACCCGGACCCCUCCACCACCACCACUACCACCCCUCCUUCCAACGAUGCCACCACCACCAAAGCAGCAGCAGCAGCAGCAGCAGCAGGAGGAGGAGCGGGUGGUGCAGCACAACCCUCAGAGCCGCCGUCUCCGCCCAACCUGUUCACAGCCGGCCUGCCGCAGUACGGACAGCUGGGCCACGGCACUGACAACGAGUACAACGCCAAGGACUCGGCCGUGAAGCUGGUGUACGCCCCUCAACCCACACCUCGUGCCGUUGCUGCUCUGGCUGGCCGGGAGAUGUGCAAGGUGGCGUGCGGGAUCAACCACAGUGUGGACGCCAAGGGCUUUGUGUUCACGUGGGGCUUCGGAGGGUUUGGGCGGUUGGGGCACAAGGAGCAGAAGGACGAGUGGCGGCCGCGCCUGGUGGACGUGUUUCAGCGCCAGAACACCCUGCCCCCUACUGCUGUCGUCGCUGCUGGCGGUGCUUUCUCUGCCUGCACUGCCGGCGGCGGGCAGAUGUACGCAUGGGGCAAGGUGAAGCAGACGGGAGACUGCUGGAUGUACCCCAAGCCGCUGCUGGACCUGAGCGGGUGGCACAUCCGCAGCAUGGCGUGUGGCGCCACCACCUCGUGCGUUGCCGCUGAUUCCUCCACCAUCUCCUGGGGCUUGGCGCAGCACGGGGAGCUGGGCUACGGACCCAACGGCGCCAAGUGA